AUGGCUGCAAUAAUUUAUCUUGCAAUUGCUGCCGUUGCCUCUAUAUUACUAUUUGUCGCUGUAAAAUUACUCUCAACCGACACGAAAACAGAAAUUAGAACAGACGAUGAUGUUGGUGAAUUGAUUGGAAGAGAAAAUCCCGUUCCUCAACGCCCUCGAGCAAGAGCAAGACGUGGCCUAAGAAAUAAAACUAAUAGGAGCAAAACACAACGCCAGCACGACAACGACUACGACGAUUACGAUGAUGAGUAUCAAGACGACGGCUUUCUUGAAGAGCCAGUAUAUGAUCGUAAAAUGGGUACUAAAAAGUUAAGAAAAUUAGAAGAAAAAGCCGAAAAGAAGGCAAUGAGAGAACAAAUGGAAGCUGAAAGAGAAGACAAAAUAAAUCGUCAGGAAUUGCGAGAACAAAAUCGAAGGAAAGAGGAAGAGAGGAAAGCCAAAGAAAGGGAAGAAAAGGAAGAGGCUGAAAGAAAACUAAAGGAAGAACAAGAAAAGAGAGAGUAUGAAGAAUAUCUACGACUAAAGGAAUCAUUUUCUGUUGAGAAUGAAGGAUCAGGGGAAGCGGAAAUUGCCCAAGAGUCCCAAUCACUACUCCAAGAAUUUAUUGAUUAUAUUAAGAAUAACAAAGUGGUUUUACUCGAAGACGUAGCAGCUCAUUUCAAAUUAAGAACAGAAGACGUCAUCAAUCGUAUUCAAACUUUGCAAUCCAUGGAUAGGUUAACUGGAGUAGUGGAUGAUCGUGGCAAAUAUAUCUACAUAUCUGUAGAAGAAUUAAAUGCUAUCGCUAAGUUUAUAAAGCAGCGUGGAAGAGUUAGCAUCUCUGAAUUAGCAGAAUCUAGCAAUUCUUUAAUAAAUUUACAAUCUGACAGUAAAGCAUCGCAUACUAUCGAAUCGGUCAAUGACAGUCCAGCUGAAAUAAGUGUCAAUGCAUAA